AUGUGUUUGCCAGCAUUACUCGGAAAACUGGGUGGUGCGCAGAGCAUUCUGCGUUCUCACGUGAAUACGACGCCCUUCAAGCCAAUACCGAAUAACGAAAAAGUGGAUUUGGCAAGAUUUCGAGUCAAAGAACCUGUUGAGUGGUUGGUUGACGAUGUGGUUUCUUGGAUGCUUGAUGUUGCAAAACAGCACGGGAUUCCUUUUGAAGAGAUGAACAUGCACAAGCAUACUAUCUUGUACAAGUACUAG